AUGUUUAAAAGACACGAUAUGCACAAUAUGGGCUCAUCCUCAAUGGAUAUGGGUUCAAUGGCUACCUCAACAAUGGGUAUGGCUAUGGAAACAAUGUCACAUGCAAUGAACCACACUGGAUCAAGCAAUAGUAGUAUGGGAGAUAUGGGAGAUAUGGGAGGCAUGGAUCACAUGGCCGGUAUGCACAUGUAUUUCACUAGAGAGUUUAAAGAUUACCCAGUCGUUUUCAAAACAUUAUCAGCAUCAAACAAGGGACAAGCUUUUGGUAUAUUUGUUUUGUUGUUUUUUGCUGCUUUCUUUGCCAGGUUUUUAGAAUUUGUCAGAAACUAUUUGGAAGAAGUGGUAUGGCAGAAUAAGAAUUAUACUGAAUUUGAAUCCGGUGUUGUCAAUCAUAGUGCUAAUUUACAACCAGCAACUUCGAUACAGGCAACAACUGCGGGAGCUUGUGGCGGUGCUACUGGUACUACUGGUGGGAACUGUUGUGCAGGAAAUGCUGAUGAUGAAGAAGAUAGUUUUGAUAAACGUGCAUCAAGUGAUGGUGUUUAUGUACAAUCACAAGAAGCUAAACCUGCAAAGUCUUCUAGCUUGCCAUUGGCUAGUACUAUAAUGAGAGACGCUAUACGAUUGGCGUUGUGUAUUAUUCCUGAUUUAUUUGGCUAUACAUUGAUGUUGGCAGCAAUGACAUAUACAUUGACUUAUUUCUUUGCUGUUGUUAUCGGUUCUGGUGUGGGCAGAUUUGUUAGUGAAAGAUUAAUGGAAAAGUUUAGAAUCAAGCGUACCCCACCAAGAAAUUGCUGCUAA